CUGCAGUUCUUCCCCCAAAUCCAUUCCAUGUUCCCCAAGUUCUUUCUUUCCCCCGUAAAAUUUGGUGCUUUUUUUUUUAUUGCUGUCUCCCCCCUUCUGAUUUGGGGUCGAGUUUGUCCAAAAUUCGAGCUGGGUUUGCUUCCGAUUUCCGAUUUGUUACUGUUCCGGUUGGUGAUUGGAAUCUCGCUUGGAGGCCACUUCCUGCGCCGCCGUGGGUGCGCAGCCGGCGGCGUCUAGGGUUUGCUCGCCGGGGAGGGGGAGCUGCUGCUGCUGCUGCUGCUGCUGCAUUUGGUUUGGGGGAUUUUCCAAGAUGCAGCCAUCGAAGAAGGUUGCUCGCGUCGACACGCUUGAGCUCAAGUCGCAGAUGGUGAAGAAGCUGGGGCCCCAGCGCUCCGAGCUCUACUUCCAUAGCCUCAAGAAGUUCCUGGGAGGCCAGCUCGGCAAGGAGGAGUUUGACAGGAUCUGUGUGGCUGCAUUGGGGAGGGAGAACAUCAAGCAUCACAACUUCCUCAUCCGGUCGAUCCUCGGCAAUGCCUUCUCGUCGGCCGGGCCGCCGCCGAUCAGGCAGGCGGCCACCGGAAACUCGCAGACUAGCGCUGUGUCCAAUGGGCCGGUGAUCAAUCACGGCAUGAUGGCGGGUGCGAGGAGAGGAUUGAUGAUGGCUAGCCGGGAAAGGAGGUUUGAUAGGCCGAGCCCGUUGGGAAAGUCGCCUCUUGGUCAUCAGGGCACCAGCGAGUUUGUGUCGGCUGGGAGCAAGGCGCCGUUGGAGGUUGUGUCUGUGGAGGAUGGUGAGGAGGUUAACCAAGCUGGAGGCAGUCCAGUUUAUGCACAGAGCAGAAGCCCGAUUAGGGCUCCGUUGGGAGUUCCGAUGGCUCAGAAUUCUCGGCCUUUGGUGCCUCAUCCUUCGGAGAUAUGCUACAAUAAUGGUGAAUUGCCAGAAGCUCAGUGCUUGCUGAAGCUACUUGAGAAUAAGCUGAAAGCUGAAGGUCUUAGUGUGACUCGAGAGUGUGCUGAUGUGCUGAAUUCUGGGCUGAAUGUAUUCAUAAAUCAGAUGCUGAAAUCUUGUUUGGGUGUGGCGAAAUCAAGGGGAAAGACAAGGAUGAGCCAAGCAAACAGGAGUACUGUUGCUGCUGUAAAUGGAGGGCAGGGCCAAGUUUUUUCUUCAGGUUUACCUGGCUAUUACUACCAAGCCUCAUUGCUAGAUCUUCAGACAGCAGUACGGUGUAAUCCUCAGUUACUGAGAGGGGACUUCUCUCGGCUAGGUGAGGAGAUUGCUUAUCAUCUGUUGAAUAGAUGAAUGUGAGCGGCUAGUUUUGUCAGAUUCUUUUAGUGAAUCUUGUGUUGACCAGUGUAGGCAACCCAUUGCAGAGUUGCAUUACCAUUUAUUGUGCUGUAGAAAGCUACAGUUAGUUAGGUUCAGGUGGAGGGGAGGGAGAGUUAGUGUCAUAGGCUGUUUGGUACACCCAUGGCUUGGUCAAGAUGGUACACCUUAGGGUACAUUAUAGUGGACUUCCAUUACUUGUGAUUAAUCACAACAAUAAAGAAAAAUUCUACCAAUAUCUUUGAUCCUGUCGUCGCUUGCAGGUCAUGCUACAGUUAUCUAUACAGAGAAUUCGGUUUUGU